CUCACACGCGCGCGAGCCGAGAGAGCAUGGAUCCCAACGACGCCUUCUCGGCGGCGCACCCGUUCCGGUGGGACCUCGGCCCGCCGGCGCACGCCGCGCCCGCGCCCGCGCCUCCGCCUCCGCCGCUAGCACCGCUGCUGCUGCCGCCUCACGCGCCGCGGGAGCUGGAGGACCUGGUGGCCGGCUACGGCGUGCGCCCGUCCACGGUGGCGCGGAUCUCGGAGCUCGGGUUCACGGCGAGCACGCUCCUCGGCAUGACGGAGCGCGAGCUGGACGACAUGAUGGCCGCGCUCGCGGGGCUGUUCCGCUGGGACGUGCUCCUCGGCGAGCGCUUCGGCCUCCGCGCCGCGCUGCGCGCCGAGCGCGGCCGCGUCAUGUCCCUCGGCGCCCGCUGCUUCCACGCCGGGAGCACCUUGGAUGCCGCGUCACAAGAAGCGCUGUCCGACGAGCGCGACGCCGCGGCCAGCGGCGGCGGCAUGGCAGAAGGCGAGGCCGGCAGGAGGAUGGUGACGACGACCGCCGGCAAGAAGGGCAAGAAAGGGGUCGUUGGCACGAGGAAGGGCAAGAAGGCGAGGAGGAAGAAGGAGCUGAGGCCGCUGAACGUGCUGGACGACGAGAACGACGGGGACGAGUACGGCGGCGGGUCGGAGUCGACCGAGUCGUCCGCGGGAGGCUCCGGGGAGAGGCAGCGGGAGCACCCGUUCGUGGUCACCGAGCCCGGCGAGGUGGCGAGGGCCAAGAAGAACGGGCUCGACUACCUCUUCCACCUGUACGAGCAGUGCCGCGUCUUCCUGCUCCAGGUGCAGUCCAUCGCUAAGCUGGGCGGCCACAAAUCCCCUACCAAGGUGACCAACCAGGUGUUCCGGUACGCGAACAAGUGCGGGGCGAGCUACAUCAACAAGCCCAAGAUGCGGCACUACGUGCACUGCUACGCGCUGCACUGCCUGGACGAGGAGGCCUCCAACGCGCUGCGCCGGGCGUACAAGUCCCGCGGCGAGAACGUGGGCGCCUGGAGGCAGGCCUGCUACGCGCCGCUCGUCGAGAUCGCCGCGCGCCACGGCUUCGACAUUGACGCCGUCUUCGCCGCGCACCCGCGCCUCGCCGUCUGGUACGUGCCCACCAGGCUGCGCCAGCUCUGCCACCAGGCGCGGGGGAGCCACGCCCACGCUGCCGCCGGACUCCCGCCGCCCCCGAUGUUCUAGCGUGCGUCGUCGAUGUGUGCCUGCACCGUCGCCGUACGUCUCACAGUUCCUUUUUCUUUUAGAGUGUGAACCACCAUGGAAAAUUGGAUUCCCUCUCAUAUGAUGUUGCCACUUCUCAGUU